GGCUGCACCCGGUGGGGAGGCGCAGCUGGACGUGGGGGAGCAUCUGGGGUGAUGAAGCCCAUCUGAAGACCAGGGGCCAUGUCUAGGACCAGGAUGCACAUCUGGGGAGUAGGAUAGCUGCGAAUGGGAGGAGGGAACCACAGCUGGACUUGGGGGAGCGUCUGGGCAGGAAGGACCACAGACAAAUAUCGGUGACACUUGUGAGAAUUGGCCACAAGUGAAUGGGGCACACACCUGUGGGCGCAAAGUACGUACUGGAUGUGGAGAGGACAUCUGGAUAUGGGAGCAUCUCGGAGGCAGGGGCUACAGCUGGAUGUGGCGACCCAUGGGGUCACCUCUGGGAGAGGGGCAGCGGCUGCAUAUCGGAGAUACAUCCCGGGAGGAGGGAGCCACAGGCGCCCCAGGAUGGAGUCCCCACCCAGCACGGCAGGCCAGGAGGAGCAGGAGCUGCGGGAGCGGGCCUUCUUCUCGUGGGCCGAGUUCAGCCGCUUCUUCGACGCGUGGUGCCAGCAGCGGCUGGCACUCUUCUUCGUCAAGAGCUCCAUGCACCUGGCGCGCUGCCGCUGGGCCAGCGCGCCCCCGCUCUACACGCUCAUCGACGUGCUCAAGUACAGCUACGUGCGGCUCGUGUGCAAGGACGUGCGCGCCCCCAGCCGGCCCACCGUGGGGCCCCCCCAGCCCGGCUGCCCGGCCUUCAUCAUCGUCAAGCUGAGCCCGCUGCGGGACCGCCUCGUGGUGACAGAGUGCCAGCUGACCCACUCGCACCCGGCCUGCCCGCUCGAGUUCGCCUACUACUUCCGCCCGGGCCACCUGCUGGCCAACGCCUGCCUGCCCGUGCGCACCACCAACAAGAUCUCCAAGCAGUUCGUGGCCCCCGCCGACGUGCACCGCCUGCUCUCCUACUGCAAGGGCCGCGACCACGGCGUCCUGGACGCCCUGCACGUGCUCGAGGGGCUCUUCCGCACCGACCCCGAGGCCAAGGUGAAGCUGGUGUUCGUGGAGGACCAGGCGGUGGUGGAGACCGUGUUCUUCCUGACGUCGCGCACCCGGGCGCUGCUGCGGCGCUUCCCGCGCAUCCUCCUGGUGGACCGGCUGCCCGGGCUGCAGGGCGCGCUGGACCUGCUGGCGGUGCUGUGCGUGGACAGCGCGGGGCGCGCGCGCCAGGCCGCCUGCUGCGUGGCGCGCCCGGGCACGCCGAGCCUGCUGCGCUUCGCGCUGGCCUCGCUGCUGCAGAGGUCCCUGGGCGGUGGCUCGCCCGCCGCCUACGCCGAGGCGCUGGCCGAGCUGCGCGCCCACGGCCCGGCCGCCUUCGUCGACUACUUCGAGCGCAACUGGGCCCCGCGCCGCGACAUGUGGGUGCGCUUCCGAGCCUUCGAGGCGGCCCGGGACCUGGACGCGUGCGCCCUGGUGCGCGGCCACCGCCGGCGCCUGCUGCGCCGCCUGAGCCCCUCGCGCAGCGUGGCGCAGUGCCUCCGCGACCUGGUGGCCAUGCAGUGGGCCGAUGCGGCCGGGGAGGCGGCGCCCGAGGGCCCCGACGGCGGGGGGCCUUGGCCAGAGGGCGAGCCGGGGAGGGGAGCCCACGUGGAGAAGGAAAGGAUGAAGGGCCUGGAGAGCGGGGACUGGGCAGGGACCCCGAGAGAAGGAAGUAUUUGGCGAGGCGCCCAGUUGGAGAAGGAGCGGGCCCGAGGAGUGGAGGCCAGAGACCGGGGAGGGGCUCCGUUAGAAAGUGACUCGGGGAGAGGGCUGCAGGUCCAAGACUGGAGAGGGUCCCAGUCGGAGAACGAGCACUGGAGAGGGCCAGAGAUCAGAGACUGGAGGGGGACCCCGUUGGAGGCCGAGAAAGAUUGGGGACCAGAAGGUUACGUAGGGAGAGGGGCCUGGUUGGAGGACGGUGGGCCGAGAGCAUUGGAAGGGUAUACCUGGAGGAUGGCCCAGCUGGAGGGUGACAGCAUUAGGGUGCUGGAGACCACAGAGCGGAGGGGGGCCCCGUUUGAUCCUGAGAGGGCCAAGAGUCUUGAAGGGAGCACCUGGCGGGGGGGCCAGCUGCACGAUGAGAGGGCACACGGACUGAAAACCAGAGACUGGAAGGGGCCUCAGCUGGAAGCUGAGAAGGGAAGGGGGCUGGAGGUCAGGACCUGGAGGGGGCACCAUGUGGAGAAGCCCAGGGAGUUGGUCCCUGAGAAUGGAGACCAAAGGGGGCCCCAGUGGGGAGAUGAGAGGCAGAGAGGGCCAGAGGUUGGAGAAGAGAGGGAAGUGAGGUUGGGGGUCAAAAGAAGAAGGGAUCUGGAAGAUGUAGUUCUGGUCCAUCUGGGGGACACGAGGGUGACAGGCCUGGAGAACGGAGAGGGAGCCCGGUCUGUGGGCCCCAAGGGCCGAGGAGAACAAGGGAUGGGGUGUGGGGGUGCAGGAGGGAGGUGUCUAGGGCUGGGGAACGGAGUCCCGUGUGGGCCCGCCGUGGGAACUGUGUGUGACGGCGAUCCAGAAUGGGCAGGGACGCGGAGAGUGUGCCUGGCCGCUGGAGAGAGCCCGCAGGAAGGGGGUCAAGAAGAAGGUCCACGGGAACCAAAGAGGCCUUGCUGCCCCUCCGCAGAGGAGGAGGUGGACUGGGAGCCCCUGGCCAAGUUCCGAGCGGCCUGCGGGCCAGAGCUGGCGGAACUGGUGGCCGAAGAGCUGGCCUUCGCCAGGCAGCACGGGACCCGGGGUUUCCACUGGACUGGAGCUGGGUUUGCCCUUAAGGACGGAACCUCGGACUUCUUCCUGGACAGGGCCCUGACCCGCUGCAGCUGCUCUAUCCACGCCGCCCGUCGUCUGCCCUGCCGCCACCUGUUUGCGGCGCGCCUCCUCACGGGGGCAGCCUUAUUCCACAUGGACCUGCUCAGGGACUGCUGGGGGAGAGCCCCAGAGCCCUGACCCAUCGGGCCCCCGCCUGCCACCCUCCGCUGUGAGGGCAGGAGGGCGCUCUUCGAUCCCAAAGAUAACAGGGCUGAGGCCAAGGAGGCCACCUCAGUCCCUCUGGCCACUUCCUGUGUCAUCCAGGGACCUCACCUUGGCCGUUUGCCUCUCUGGGCCCUAGGGGAAGCUGACAGUGGUCUCUGAGGUCCUGGAGGCACAGUGUGGAAGAGGGUGGCGGCUAGGACGGCUCCUGAGGGCCUCCCUCAGGAGAGGAGAUGUGUGAUGAGACAGGGGAUAGAAGGGGGGGGGCAGACGGGGGGCGGAAGGAAGGAGGGGACAAAGCUGGGGGAGGGGAGGACACCAGGAUACGGGGAGAGCCCGGGCAGGAGCAGAUGGUCCGUCCAGAGAGUGCAGGGGUGAAGGAGAAAGCAAAGGGGAGUAUCAGACAAACGGAAGGGGGGAGGAAAGAGGAGAGAAGCUCGCAGGGAGACCCGCGGAGAGAGAACAACAGAGGCAGAAAUGGGGGAAAGCAGAGGGAGGCAGGAGAGAAGGAGGCCAGGGUGGAGGACAGAGGGGAAAAAAAGACGCAUGGAAAGGAAAGGUAUAGGAGGUAGGGAGAGAAGGAGCAAGAGGGGAGUGAUUUGAGAGUCCCCAAAGCCUGGACGCUUGGAUCCCCUUGGCCUUCUGGUUGGUCAUUUCCAGAAGAGACUGAAUGGGGGAAGGGGUAUGGGGGGAGGGGCGGAGGCUCUCCAGUGGGAGAAGGGAACAGUCUGGACUAUUGUGCUUCAAGAUCGGAAUAAAACAGUAUUAUUUUGGUUUC